AUGAUCGAAUCAAUAAAGUAAAAUUGGAUAAAAUUUUAUUGCACGAUAGCUUAUUAUUUUAUGAUAUUCAGAGAAUACCUGGAAAUAUAAAGAAGAACUGAUAGAAAAUUAUUUAGGGGAGUAUUUUAAUGAACAUGUCAAAGAUGCAAAUAGGAAUAAUUAGAUUUAAUUUUAUGCUUAAGAUUAAAAUGUAUGUCCAUCAAUGCUUAUAAAUUUAGUUAGAUUAAAUAAUCAUGACUGAUUAGGAAAGACAUGAAUCAAAUCAACUCAAAUGGGAAUUGGUAAAACAAAUGGUGAACUGA